AUGGCUGAGGGGGUUGUAGAGGCAAAGGUAGUGAUCUUUCUGGAAUCACUGGAGCCAGGGAGGGUCCCAGAGGACUGGGAAAUGGCUAAUGUGACACCCGAGUAUCAGAAGGGAGGGGUCCAGAAGACAGGAAACUAUAGGCCCGUUAACCUGACCUCAGUCGUUGUGAUAGAUUGGCUGCAGGGGUUAAAUGAUGGCGUGAGAUUGCAGAGAGAAGGAAUUAGUCUCUGGAAUAACGUCUGUGUCCUUUCCAUAGGGAAUAUCAUUGGUUCGGGAAUUUUCAUCUCCCCGAAAGGAGUCCUGGAGCAUGCUGGUUCUGUGGGCCUGGCUCUGAUUAUCUGGAUGCUGGCUGGGUUCAUCACAGUGAUCGGUUCCCUGUGUUACGCUGAGCUUGGAGUCACCAUAACCAAGUCGGGAGGAGACUACACUUACGUCAAGACUGUGUUCGGAGGAUUACCGGGGUUCCUGGUCCUGUGGAGUGCCCUGCUGGUCAUAAAUCCGACCACACAAACCGUGAUGGCGUUGACCUUCUCCAGUUAUGUUCUGCAGCCAGUGUUCCCUGCCUGUGUGCCCCCUUACAUCGCAUCAAGACUCCUAGCUGCUGUCUGCCUUCUGCUGCUGACCUGGGUGAACUGUUUCCGUGUGCGGUGGGUUACCCGUGUCCAGGACCUCUUCACCGCCGGCAAGCUCCUCGCCCUUGGACUCAUCAUCGUGAUGGGCUUCGUGCAGAUCUGUAAAGGUCAUUAUGAAUUCCUAAAGCCCAGCAACGCCUUUGACAGUCAGACAGCUCCUGGAGUUGGUCACAUUGCUCUUGCCUUCCUCCAGGGCUCGUUCUCCUACAGCGGCUGGAACUUCCUCAACUAUGUGACAGAGGAGCUGGUUGACCCACGCAGGAAUAUUCCUCGGGCCAUCUUCAUCUCCAUCCCCCUGGUGACGUUUGUGUAUGUGUUCUCCAAUGUGGCGUAUGUCACAGCGAUGAGCCCCCAGGAGUUGCUGCACUCUGGAGCGGUCGCUGUGACCUUUGGUGAGAAACUGUUGGGAUCGAUGCCGUGGAUCAUGCCAUUCUCUGUUGCUCUGUCAACCUUUGGAGGAAUCAACGGAUACCUAUUCACCUCCUCCAGACUGUGUUACGCAGGGGCCCGUGAGGGUCACUUACCAAGCCUGCUCGCAAUGAUUCACAUGAAACGCUGCACUCCCAUCCCAGCUCUUCUCUGCUCGUGUGCCACUUCCUUGUUGAUGCUGAUCAUUGCGGAUAUUUACACUCUCAUCAAUUAUGUGGUGUUCAUUAACUAUUUGUGUUAUGGGGUUACUGUGACUGCACUUCUCAUCCUUCGCUGGAGAAAGCCCAACAUUUCUCGACCCAUUAAGGUAAACCUUCUGUUCCCAGUUGCUUACCUGCUGUUUUGGGCCUUCCUGUUGGUCUUCAGUUUCUACUCUGAGCCUGUGGUGUGUGGCACUGCCCUCAUCAUCAUAUUGACCGGUGUUCCCGUUUAUCUGCUUGGAAUCCAAUGGAGCAAGAAGCCAAAGUAUUUCAAUGAUGUGAUUGAAUCUGUUACGCAUUAUGGACAGAAAUUCUGUUUUGUGGUUUUCCCACAAGAGGAGACUCCAGAAGAGAAUGGCCAGCCUCCCACCUUGAACACAAACAGAAAAUGCCGGGAUGUGUAG